UCAGACGCACAGGGAGGAGGAAAAGCAGCACUUGAUCCGUCUCCACGUCCCGCAGGCGGAUGCAGCGUCCAGCUCUCCCCCGGAGCCGCUUCUCCCCGCGGCUUCUCUGAAACCAACCCUUUGGAGACGUUUUGGAGACGGACGCGCACGGACGGAGCGGAGCGGAGCUGACGCGCCGUCCUAAAAUAAGCAGCCAUGUCCGGCGCUCAGGGACUCCUCCACGUCUUCUCCUGCUCGUCUCCGGCCUCCAAGGCCAUGUCCAAGCGGAGGCUGCGGCAGACCCGCAGCCUGGACCCGGCCAUCAUCCGCCACUGCGGCUCCGGCCCCGAUGGAGACGCAGGUGCGUCCUGCGCCGAGCGCCUGGCCAUCAAACCGGCUUUACGCGCCAGGAUCCCCACCCUCAAGGAGCCCAUCUCCCCCUCCAUCUCCACUCCGUCCAUCCCCUCGGAUGUCUCUCCGUCCUCCAACUUCCACUUCGACUACGACCUGGUGAAGCCAGCCAAGAGGAACACGGCCGGGGAUUUACCGUUCCUGGUGCGCGGCGCCGCGGGCGCGCCGCCGGGCGCCGGAGCGCUGUUCUCCCCGCGGAGGUGGCUGCAGAAGAAGGUGCAGCCCACCUGCCCGCACAGCUACAUGGUCUGGAAAUCAGAGGGUGACUUCACCUGGAGCAGCCUGUCGGGGCGGAGCGUGCGUCUGACGCCGGUUGCCAUCCAGAGCCUGUCCGAGCUGGAAAGGGCCCGGCUGCAGGAAGUGGCCUACACCCGCCUGCUCCAGGACUACGACCUGGGAUGCCAGAUAACCAUGCCAAAAGAUGGACAAAAGAGGAAGAAGUCACUGAGGAGAAAGCUGGACUCUCUUGCAAAAGAGAAGAGUAAGGACAAAGAGUUCAUACCCCAGGCCUUCAGUAUACCCCUCUCCCAGGUUAUUGCUAAUGACCGAACGCACAGGCAGCGUCAGGACAGUUAUCGCCUGGACCCUCCGCAGCGCGAGGAGCACAAAGACCCCUCUGACCUCGUCUCGUCCAUUUUACAGUUUGCCACCAAGCGGCCGUCCAACAAGGAGUUAUCCAGCAGCAACUCCUCGCUAAGUUCCACGUCAGAGACGGCUAAUGAGUCCACGUCACCCAACACCCCCGAAUCGGCCCCACGAGCCCGGAGGAGGGGAGGCAUGUCUGUGGACUCCAUCACGGACCUGGACGACAACCAGUCCCGCCUCCUGGAGGCGCUGCAGCUGUCCCUGCCCACCGAGACGCCCAGCAAGAAGGAGAAGCACAGGGACAAACGGCUGAGCCUCAAUCCCAUCUACCGGCAGGUGCCCCGCGUCGUUGACAGCUGCUGUCAGCACAUCGAGAAAUAUGGUUUGCAGACUGUGGGGAUCUUUAGAGUGGGGAGCUCUAAGAAGAGAGUCCGACAACUGCGUGAGGAGUUUGAUCGCGGUGUUGACGUUCAGCUGGACGAGGAGUACAGCGUCCACGACGUGGCGGCCCUGCUGAAGGAGUUCCUCAGAGACAUGCCGGACCCUCUUCUGACCAAAGAGCUCUACACGGCCUUCAUCAGCACCACAUCUUUGGACUCGGACGAGCAGCAGAGCGUCACCCAGCUCCUCAUCUACCUGCUCCCAGCAUGCAACAGCGACACGCUUCACCGCCUGCUGGAGUUCCUGUCCACGGUGGCCGGCCGCGCGCAGGACCAGCAGGACAAAGAGGGACAUGAGAUCACAGGCAAUAAGAUGACAUCCCUGAACCUGGCCACCAUCUUCGGCCCUAACCUGCUCCACAAGCAGAAGAACUCAGACAAGGAGUUCAGCGUCCAGAGUUCAGCCAGGGCCGAGGAGAGCACCGCUGUCAUCGCCGUGCUGCAGAGGAUGAUCGCUAGUUACCUAACGCUCUUCAUGGUGCCUCCUGAUUUGCAAAACGAAGUUUUAAUGAGCCUUUUGGAGACGGACCCAGACGUGGUUGACUACCUUCUGAGGAGAAAAGCAUCACAGAGCCCUGACUUGCUGCAGCCGGAGGAAGCCUUCAACCUGAGCGAACGGCAUUCGUCCAGCGACUCCAACAAGGUGUCAAGCGGCGAAGUGUCCCCUUAUGACAACAACUCUCCGGUUCUGAGCGAGCGGCGAGGGGAACCGGGGAGCCUGGCUAGUGAGCAGCAGUCCUGCGGCCCAGAGCAGUACUCUGUUGUUGGACAGGUGGCGGGCUGGAGCAGAGAGCCUGGAGCUGACACCUGGGGCUCCAAAGAAGAGCAUGCUAACAUUUGGGGCACGUGGCACAGUACUCUUAAGCCUGCACUCAAGUACCAACCCUAUACAGGUUCCUAUGGCAACAUGUCAGAGGGAAGCUCCCGCAGCUCACAGGAAGGUCUUGAUGGACUCCAUGGUGAUGCCAAGCCGCAGACAAUGCUGCAUCGGACUCAGACAGUGCCUGGCACAACCGAGUGCAGACCCCACCCACCGGUCAGCCGUGUGUGUGUGACAGAGCCCACACGCUUGCAGCUAAACAGCAAGCCUGUGACCAAACACCCCAACAGCACACAGGGCCUGCAGCAGGCAAGUGGACAGGGGGUUAACUCAACCUCCAGACCUCACGGUGGGCUGGACACUGGCAAAGGUGGCCCCGCUCUGCUCAGCGAAGGCCGCUCGCCACCCCCGUACAAUGCCCAUCACCGACUGGCCAGCUCCCAGAGUUCCCCUCUCCUGGAAACAUGUCCGCACGGGAGGCCGAGCGGCCUGCAGAGUAACUCGGCCUCCACCAGAGGGGCGCCGAUGACGCCACAGAGUCCAGAGUGGCAAGACUGGCAGAGGGAACGCUGGCAGAUCUGGCAACUUCUGUCCUCAGACAAUGCUGACACACUGCCUGAAACGCUGGUGUGAUCUUGAACAUGAACACCUUCUUUGUCCUGGUGGAGAUUCAACACCAGAUCCAAUCCCUCCAAUGAGAGCCCCUCUUUAUUCCUCUCUCCACUUGCCAUAGCCUUUCCUCCUCCUCAUGCUUCCCUGCCUCUUGCUUGUGCUAACUGCUGCCUCGUACAGACUUUUACGUACAAGUAUUUCUCAUUUUCUAUGAAUAUUAAAAUGUAUCGUCACGUCCCUGGCCCAUAUGUUUCGUCUAUUAUGAUACUAGGAGCGUGUAAAAUUGCAAACCAGAAAUACCUCAUUUGAAAACGUCUCCAGUCUUUCUGCAGCCUUCUCGAUAGGGGAUGCGAGGAACAACUUCUUAUUAUCAUUUCAUCUUUUUUAACUCUUCAACUUACAGGCACUAAAGCGUGGUUUAUGCUUCUACGUUGAACCAACAACGUAUGCAGGGGACCCUACAUCAUAACCUGGAUUGGUCUGUGCGGUGGCGUUGUGUGUUUCCGUGUUUACAAGACAGCUAGACAAAUAGAAAUAACUGUCGCUGAACAUUUAUUAGUUCCAAUUCACAUAAAAUAGGUUUAUUUUGCUAUGUUACAAUCUCUGAGCUACAUAAAGGAAGUUUUAAAAAAGAAAAAAGGAUCUGCAAGUGACACUCCUGCAGAAAACAACCUGCACUGCCACCUAGUGUCAUAUUGGUGUAAUUACAAUUACUCCACAAACAACAACUAUGACAUAAGUCCCGAACAUAAGUAGAACCAUAAAUCACGCUUAAGAUGUACACAUGAGUAAUUGCUGCUAAACAUAAACUGUUCUUGUGCAUACUAUUAAUGUAAUUAAGCCACAUUGUUUCUAAAAGCAUAAAAACGCUGAACUAGUUAUAAAUGUCAGAUAUUUGUACAUAUGUGUAUACGCAAACUGUUGACAAGCAUGCAUAAACAACACAUGUAAAGUUUUAUGUAAAAUAUAUAAUUUGCUCCAAAGUAUCUACUUAAAGAAAAAGAAAACAGCAAAAAAAAAUUGAGCCACUUAACUGGCGGUCUAGAUGUUUGUAAGGCUGCUGUUGUCGUGUUUAGGACUGAAUGUACAAAGCUUCACCUUUGGCUUAGAUGUCAUUGUAGAGCACUCGGCUGUAAGUAUGCUGUUGCACUGCAGGAACAAUGUGCCAAAGCCUCUUUUUUUCUUUUUUUUUUUUACUACAAGAUGUCAUACAGUUAUGUGCAUUUCAUGUGUUUGCUUGUUUCGUGCACGAGUCUGGACGCCUGCAGGUUUUCGUCAAGGAUUUCAGGAUGUGAAGGCUCGAUUUAAGACGGACGCGUGAUUUUCAUCAGGCUGGUGUUUGAGGAUCACUCUUUAAAAAAUCAAUUAGCAUGAAAUCUGUACAAAAAAGGGGUCUUUGAGAGGAAUAUUAGCAAUUUUGCAUAUUUAAGAAUACAGUGGUGUACUGGUGCCAUUCGAGGAAAGAAUCAAUUGCAGAUGGGGUAAAAGCAUCUGAAUCAUUCACCGCAGCCUCCAAGGGUUAUUCUAAUUUCAGAGCCAGUUUGUGGUGUUUUAAGUUGAAAACUCAGAUUCUCUUUGCCAUUCACAUAUGUGGCUUCUUUUCAACGCCAUCUGCUGUGUGUGAAUUGAUGUGGAAAAUUAUCAUUACCAGAAGAGGUUCAGCCACAAAAAUUGUUGCAAAAUAGUUAAUGGUCAAACAGUGAAAGUGGCGGACUAUCGCGUGGUGUGGAGUGGUAGUUUAGGAAGUCAGUGAAUCCCGCAGGGUCCGCCACUGUAAUGGAGACAGACUGAAAGGAAUUCCAGCAUCUAAGUCAAUUAGUCCAUCGCAUCAAUUUACUCAGGCACAGUUUUAAGAAACUCAGACAUUUUAUCAAGUCAAAUUUAUUUAGAUUAUGCAGAAAAAAAAUUUCCCAGAUGAUAUAAUAUUUCAGGAAUUUACUCAGAAGUUCUGACUUCAGAAAGUCAGACAUUUGCAAGUUUAUAGAGUCCAAACUUGUAGCUUUCAACUUAUAAAUUCUGACUUUCAAGUCAGAAAAAAUAUAACAAUGAAUUCAGAAUUUUCUAAUAUAUAAAAACAUAAUUCUGACUUUAUAAAGUCAAAUUUACUGAUUUCAAAUUUGGAAAAUCUUGAAGUGAAAGGUUCUAACAUAAGAAAUGUACAAUUCUUUUUCCUCAGACAUUUACGAAAGCCACCUUGUCGUGAAUUGUUUUCUCCCUUAAAUGAUCCAAAUAUGUUAUUGUAUGUAUUUUUAUAUGGAGAACCACUGUUAAAAGCUUGAUUUUAUUGUAGAACAUGUUUGCCAACAUCUUCUCUCCAAAAGGUUGAGGUAAAAUUAACAAUCAUUUCCAGUCCAGACUGAAUGUGCCUCAUAGAACAUCAUUUCCAUCUUAUAAGCUUGAUCAAUUUAUAUCUGAAUAUUUAAGCGGUCCAACAUGGCAUUGCCCCUAAUUUUGGUGGAAACUGGCUUUUAUUUAAAGAAAAUGUUUCACUUUGAUCAUCCACAUCCAAGGUUAACCUGCCCAGCUCCUCUCAGACAUAAGUGGGUAUUUGCUGGCAAAUAUUUCACAUUUUCUCCAUCUGAGGUGUAAUAUUUGCUCACGUGAAGCCACUCGAACAUAAAAUGUGGAAACACUAGAAGUGUAAUUUGAUGUUGUGGAGGUCGGAAGGAAAGAUUCAAGCGGUUGUGGCGCCCUCUGUCGAUGGAUGACGUGCAACUGCAGUGUUACUGCGCCGUUGCCAUGGCAACCCCACCCAGCAGUCUGCCUGGUUCAGAAUAAGCUCAUCAAGUUACAAGCACCUUCUGUGAAAAUGUGCAAAUCUAUGUGAGGAAAUAAACGUGCCAUAGGUCCCACUCUGAAAAGCUGUGUCUUCAUGCAUUGCUCAUGGUUGAUAAUUGAUAUUUUCUUUUUUUUGUAUGUGUUGUUGUCUGCUGGUUGUUGUAAUAUAUAAAUAAAAUGUAUCUAUUUUUACUCAAAAUGGAAAAAUAAGAAGAAAAAUCCCCAUAACUUUAGUGGGUUGCCUCCAGUUGUGAUGUCUUUUCUUUCAUUGACUUCAUCAUGACACAACCAGAAACUAAGUGUUAUGGUAUUUUGUUUUUCCUUUUUUUAUUAAAAAAAACGACAUAUUUUGGUAGGUUUUACUGGGUCCAAGUUGUAAUAGGAUGUUUGUUAACUGCUUUUGUACUGUGUGUCUUCAUCAGCAUAUGCUACAAUGGGAUUAAAC